AUGCCGGCUCCAGACGCGUCCCGGCCCGGCCCCGGCGCGGCCCUUUGUGCGUUUGUCAAUAAGGAGGAGCGCGGGGGGUCUCCGGGCUCUAGCGGGGACCCGGGGAGGAGGAGCCGCCGCCGCAACCUCCAGCUGUCGGGGAAACUCCCGCUGCCGCCGCCGCCGCCGCCUCCCCGCUCACGUGUCCCCCCGCCGCCAACCAGCGGCGCCCGCAGGCCGCGGCGCCCGGCGGGCCGCGCACGGCGGCACCUUCGCUCCGCCGGCGGCUCGGGCGCUGCGAGCGGCGCCGGGGCCCGGGCAACGCGGGGGCUGCUGGGGGCGGCGGGCGGAGCGGGGGCGGAACCGGCGCGGGGGGCGGCCCCGGCGGGAGGCGGUGCUGGCACGACGGGCAGAGCGGCAGGAAAUGACUCCAGGCCGUGGUUUACAGUGAGAAACAAACGAGAAUAAACUGAAUACGAACUUUGAUCUAAAGCAUCCCGUUGGCCUGAGGCCAAGAGAGAACACUAUGGGUACCAAUACAAAACCAGGAGAGAGUGUUGUUACCUUGUACCCGUGUGCAGGGUGCUCCUUUUGCACUUAAAACUUGAACACAAGAGGAGACCACCAAAAGCACCAAGCCAUCCCAUAUCAUCUCUGCAAUUGAAACAGUGAUGGAAGGCAUUAUUUAGCAGCAAUGCUGGAAAGCACAUGUAAGAGGAGUCUGCCUGGGACACCAGCCAGAAUAGCACUGCAACAGCACCUGACAGAUAAAAUUGAAGCAUGAAUCAUAAUCUCUCUUGCCUGCCAAACUAAGCUCUAUUCAAGUUGUAGCUUUAAGAUGGAUUACAGUUUGAUGGCAUGUCCUGAAGCUAACUGUCCCUUAAUUUCAAACGGUGUGGUGAGAAGGUUGUGUAUUGGCACUGGGGUACAAACGUGGCUUUGUGUGAUGAGAAUUGAGUGAAGGGAAUUCAAAUUGUAAUGGUUUCUGUUGUGUAAAUUUAAAUUAAAUACCAGCUGGAUAUUUGCCAGGAUGAGAUAUCAUUCUGACAGAGCAGAGCACUUAAAUAUAUUGAGUGAGCUCUUUGGACUAGUCCAAAAGAAUAAAGGGCACUGUAAGACUCAAGGCAGAGAAAAUGUGGAAUGCUUCAAAAACAAGCAUUCAAAAUAGCAUUGAUAAUAAAUUAUUUAAAUGGAAUUUGGAAUAUGGAAUUUUUGAUGUUUGGAGCUCUUUUCUUAGAAAGAGGAAGAAGGACAGCAGACUAGACAUGGAAGAAAGCCCAUUAUAAGGCAGAAGAGUAUUAUUUUCAUUAAUGCUAACAUUAUUGAUAAGUCAAUCAUCCAAAACAAAUCUACAUAAUCUAUAAUCUUUGAAGCUAUAGAAUUGGUUAGGUUCCACAGUAAGUAUCAUCCUUACGAUUUUUACUUUAGACACUGUAGCAAUCAAAGGGUGAUACAGUUUCAAAGAGUAAUAUGACAUAGGCUGAAGUUCAAUUUAGCAUGCUGUAACAGACAAAGCACUGGGAUUUUUCAGUUGGCUUGACUGGGACAAGGGAUGGACAUACAGAAGUCUUCAAUCAUCAUAUUACCUUGAUAUGCAUGACUGAAUAUAGGCUUAGUUAAAAUAAACAGUUUGUAAUUGCCAACAAACUGCCUGCUUUAUUAAGACCAAUAAAAACCACAUAUGCAAUCUAAGAGGUUUUUCAAUUUGUCUAUCUUAACAAUUUCUGUAAUCCAUUGAUGAAAGGACAGUAUAGAAACAGAACAGACUAUUCACUUUAUAAUUCAAAGCAUUCUUAUAUUUGAGAUAUCAACUCAC